UCCCCAUCCACCGCCUCCUCUGGUGCUUUAACUUUUGUCAAGCUCGGAUAAGGAUUUGCUCGGAUCUACCUCAAAUCUAAGCAAAUCGCGGACUGCAUCGCAGACAUGGCCUGCUCAGAGCUUGCCCUUUUGAGUGUGUCAGACAAGACUGGGUUGCUGGACUUCGCCAAAAGGUUGGUGAACGUGGGACUAUCUUUGGUCGCCUCAGGUGGUACUGCCAAAGCCCUGCGUGAUGCAGGACUGUGUGUCAGGGAUGUUUCUGAGCUGACCGGACAUCCAGAGAUGCUUGGAGGCAGGGUGAAGACUCUCCAUCCUGCUGUCCACGGAGGGAUACUGGCCAGGCGCACCCCAACAGACACAGCAGACAUGGAAAAGCUGGGUUAUAGCUUGGUCAGGGUGGUGGUGUGCAACCUGUACCCAUUUGUGAAGACCAUCUCUAGCCCAGAUGUUACAGUCGAGGAUGCCGUGGAGCAGAUUGACAUUGGUGGUGUGACUCUACUCAGAGCUGCAGCCAAAAAUCAUGCUCGGGUCACCAUUUUGUGUGACCCUGCUGACUAUCCAUUGGUUGCCACAGAGAUGGAGAGUUCAGAGAGCAGUGAUACAACCCUUGAAACACGCAGGACUCUGGCUCUCAAAGCCUUCACACACACAGCACAGUAUGAUGAGGCCAUCUCUGACUAUUUCCGUGGCCAGUACAGCCGUGGGGUAUCACAGCUGCCCCUACGCUAUGGCAUGAACCCCCACCAAGCACCCGCUCAGCUGUACACCCUGCGGCCUGCCCUCCCCCUCAAAGUGGUUAACGGUUCACCUGGAUUUAUCAACUUGUGCGACGCUUUGAAUGCCUGGCAGCUGGUCAGAGAGCUUAAGAGUGCCCUCGGCAUGGCUGCUGCCACCUCCUUCAAGCAUGUCAGUCCUGCAGGAGCUGCUGUCGGGGUUCCUCUGAGUGAGGAGGAGGCCAAGGUGUGCAUGGUGAACGACAUGAAGGACCUCACCCCACUGGCCACAGCCUACGCCAGGGCUAGAGGUUCUGACAGAAUGUCUUCGUUCGGAGACUUCAUUGGGCUCUCAGACAUAUGUGAUGUCCCCACAGCCAAGAUCAUAUCGAGAGAGGUGUCUGAUGGCAUUAUUGCCCCCGGUUUUGAAGAAGAAGCCCUCCAGAUACUCUCCAAAAAGAAGAAUGGCAACUACUGUGUGCUUCAGAUGGACCCAGACUAUGAACCUGAUGACACAGAGGUGAGAGUGUUGUUUGGUCUCUAUCUCAAACAGAAGCGCAACGGGGCGCUCAUUGAUUCGGAUCUCUUCAGAAACAUCGUUUCCAAGGGCUCGCUGUCUGAGGAUGCAGUGCGUGACCUUACUGUGGCAAGCAUCGCUGUCAAGUACACCCAGUCUAACUCCGUCUGCUAUGCCAGGAAUGGACAGGUUAUCGGCAUCGGUGCGGGCCAGCAGUCUCGUAUCCACUGCACACGGCUGGCGGGUGACAAAGCUGAUAACUGGUGGCUGAGGCACCAUCCACGCGUCCUGGGCAUGAAGUUCCGCAGCGGCGUGAAGCGGGCAGAGAUUGCCAACGCCAUCGACCAGUAUGUCAGCAACACCAUUGGAGAGGGCCCAGACCUAGCAGUGUGGAAGUCAAUGUUCGAGGAGGUUCCUGAACCUCUGUUGGAAACUGAAAAGAAGAAUUGGAUAAGCUCUCUAAAGAUGGUGGCUCUCAGCUCUGAUGCCUUCUUCCCCUUCAGAGAUAAUGUGGACCGGGCCAAACGGAGCGGCGUUGAGUAUAUUGCUGCCCCGGCGGGCUCCGCUGCUGACGAGGUUGUGAUUAAUGCCUGUAACGAGCAAGGCAUCACUCUGGUGCACACCAGCCUGCGCCUCUUCCAUCACUGAGCACCUCAACACUGUCCCAGUAUCUUCCUUGAGCUGGAUUUACUUGUGCGUUAUCCUAAGACUAAUACUACUGCAUUACAUUUCCCUCACUUUAACAUUCCUACCUUAGUUUGAUGUUUACAAAAAGUGCAGAGGUCAAAACCUCACCAUUUCACCUCACUCCUGUUACAUUCCUGCUUUGUAAUCCUGUGUCUGACAGAACGGAGUUAUUGUUAUUUCAAGGUGCCUUUAAUGA